CGGAAGUGAGAGAAAGAGGAGGUAGAGUGCAAGAUGGUGGCCACCAGGAGAGGAGGACGCGAGAAUGCUCCAGACCAAACGGAUUCAGAGCGGCAGCAGUCCUCCGACGUCCCGGCCACUCCUUCCACUGGUCGGAAAACAAGGAGCGCUGUUAAACCUCCAACAUCUCCACCAAUGUCCUUGUUAAAAAGAUGCACCAGAGCCGCCAGACUCCACAGUCCAGAGCAGCCAUGCACACCAGUGGGCUCAGUCCAUGAAGCGGACGUGUCAGACUUGGAGUCCUGCUGCUCUGUGUUGUCUGACGUCGAGCCAUCUGCAACACGCACAAGAAGUAGGAGAAGACUGCCCCGUGCAGUUGUUCAGGGAGAUGAGGAAAUAUCUGAAGUGGAGUCAUGCUCCUCCGCAGUGUCUGCAUCGAAAGCUGGCCAAAUUACUCGCCGUAGCACAAGGAGAAAAAAGGCUCCCGAAUGUGUUGAGGGGGAAAAAGUCAAAGUUGACCAGAUUUUGGAGAGCGACUCCUGCAGUUCUGUGUUGUCCAAAUCCAAGAGAGUCACCAGAAGCCAGAGAAAAGGUGCUCAAACUGAGGACACAGAGGUCUCAGAUGCUGAAAGCUGCAUGUCAAGUGUUUCAGGAGCUGAAGGGUCUCAGUCCACUGCUCGCAGAAGCAGAAGAUCUAGAAAGUCAAUACAUCACAUCCCCUUAAACCUAGAUGAGGCCUCAGAACACUCUAAUUCCCCUGCCCCGAGAAGUCGACCAACCAGGGCUGUAAGAAAAAAAGCACAAGCCGUUGAAGUUGUAAAUGAGACCCUGUCACCUGACUCUGAAGGGUUUGAGUCAGGGCCAACUUACAGUGUGGCCACUCGUAGACGGGCCAAGUCCCAAUCCACAGGUCCUAUAGCCGUGGACUCUGACUUGGAUUUGACAGACAGAGGAACACCCUGCAGCAGCCGCACAGGCUCAGGAAACAGCAGUUAUCGUUCUCAGGUAACCAGACGCUCAGUCAAAAAUCUUUGUGUUGUUCUAGAGAAAGCAAUAGAGCCGAUUAAAGAGGACAGUUCAUUAAAUGACUCCAGGUUAGAAAGCACAGUGAUCUCUGAAGAUGCAGACUGUACACUGGUAGAGGAAUGUGAGAGCCAGACAUUAGAAGAAAAAGACGACAUUAGGAAGACUGAGGGAGAUGCAGAAAAUAUAGAAAAGGGAGAAGAAGUUGUUAUUGAGCCUGCAGUGAUGGCCAUAGACCAGCAGGAGGAGCUGUCUGCUGAAAAUAAAGAUGGGGAUACCACAGAGGUGGAAAUGAUGCAGGAAAUGAUCCAGUCAUCAGAGCCGGUAAAGGCUUGCCAGCCAGUCCUAGUAACAUGUGAGAAGGCCUCUGGAAUCACUGAAGAGCAGGGUCAAACAAUGGAUGUAUCUGAUGUGGAAGCUCCCUCAUCACAAGGAGAUGAAUCUGUAGACGCAGUUGUAGAGGCCCAGUCCAGUGUGGAUGAGAAAAUGGAAGUUGGCACGCUGAACACAGAUGCUCAGCAGGUGGUUGAGACCAGUGAAGAACAAGUCCAGUCCAUUCAGGUAACGUCUCACCAGGAGCACAAGAUCACAGUGGACUCUGACUCUGACCACAAACCCCCGGAUGUCGUCGUACAAAAAGCAAAGGUUAUCAGCCUGUUGGACAGCAGCGAUGAUGAAGAUGACGAUGCCGAAGAGGAGAAGGAAGUUUCUGGAGAUGAUGAGAAGGAGGAGGAGGAUGAGGACUUGGAGUACAAGAGAGGAGAAUCCUCCAAGAUGUCCGAAACAGCUGCAUCAUCAGUUGAAGGACUGUUUAUGAUUGACACACGGCCCGGUGAAGAGGCUGAUGAACUUUACUACAAGGAAAGAGGAGAAGCUGAAACAACAGAAGCUGAACAGGAGGAGCAGGAUGAGGAAUUUGUGGAUGAGGAGGGUGACGAUGAUGAUGAUGAUGCAGGACUCCUCUUCUCAAAUCAAAAUCUGAAGGCAAUGUCGACCCGCAUUGACCCAGGCAUCAGAAUGAAGGAGCUUGGGGGUUUAUACAUCAAUUUUGGUGACAGAAAAUCAAAACCUGUCUCCACUUCGCUGCAGAAAGUAAAGGAAACGAAGAUCCAAGAUGAGGUGAUGAAGAAAAGUGUGAUUGGACCGGACUUUGAAAAGAAGGAGACGGUGCCUCCAUACAGUGAAUCUAAACACGCUGUAAAACUGAAGAACAGAGUUGAGAGGCAGAAAACAACAGGAGAUGCUUGGUUUAACAUGAAAGCCCCUGAGAUCACUCAGGAGUUGAAAGGAGACCUCAGAGUCCUGAAGAUGAGGAGCUCCAUGGACCCCAAAAGGUUCUACAAGAAGAACGACAGAGACGGGUUCCCCAAGUAUUUUCAGGUUGGUACUGUGGUGGACAGUCCAGUCGACUUUUAUCAUUCCCGUGUUCCCAAGAAAGAGAGGAAGAGGACGAUGGUGGAGGAGCUGCUGGCUGAUGCUGAGUUUAGACAGAAAAAUAAGAGGAAAUACCAGCAAGCUGUGACGGAGAAAGCAUCGCAGGCAGCUGGCAAGAGGAACAAGAAGAAGAAUAAAUUCCAUAAGAAGUGAAUCUGAAGACUUUGCAUGGAUUUUUUUAUAGACACUGGCAUUAAUUCCAGCUCUGUAGCUUGCUUGUGAUUGGAGCAUCAACUGCAUUUUGGAACUUCAAUACAGUGUAAUUGUCAA